UGGUUGUUUUUCAGAUCUUUUCUUCUGAGAUGAAGCACGUUGGUGGUAAAUACAGUUUUUCAUUCAGACAGGUGAGAGUACGAAUCGUGGUUGUUUGAAAAAAAAAGAAUAGUUCUGCUACAAGGCUAAUCAAAGGUUAACCAACAGUUGAUGCGCGAUGUGUGGCAUUUGGGCGUUGUUAGGAUACGAUCACAGCGUGUCAUCUGAGUUACAUCAUGCAUUGCAGAUCGCCCACCGUGGACCAGACUUUUUUCGUAUAGAAACUAUUCCUCAUUAUAAUCACUCAUUCCUGGCGUUCCAUCGGCUCUCUAUCAUGGAUGAUUUAACUGGUCAACAACCAAUGCGACUGUACCAUCUACCCCAUUUACAUCUUAUGUACAACGGAGAGAUCUAUAACCACAAAGAACUCAUUGCAGAAUACGAUUUUGAAUGUACCACUAAAAUGGAUGGCGAAGUCAUUCUUCAUCUCUAUAACAAGUUUGGCAUUGAGAAAACUUUGCAGUUAUUGGAUGGUGUUUUCGCUGUUUCUAUUUUCGACACACUUAAAGGGGAAUUUCAUAUUGGUCGCGACACAUACGGUGUACGACCUUUGUUUGUGCUUCGUCCUCCAUCUGGUGAGCUUGGAGUUUCCUCUGAAGCUAAAGGGUUAAUUGGCCUAACAAAAAGUGAUGGGGACAUCAUAAAAAUUCAGCCCUUUCUACCUGGACAUUACGCUACGUUCAAGGUGUGUAAAAACACUGGAAUGACCAAAUUAAUUGUUGAAAAAAGUUUCACAGACGUUGACAUGCUGCCAGUUUUUAAAACAGCCGUCACAUUAACAAGUGACGUCAAGGAGAACGUUCGUAAUCUUUUGACUGACGCCGUACGAAAACGCCUGAUGGCGGAACGCAGAAUCGGGUGUAUGUUAUCGGGCGGUUUGGAUUCCAGUUUGGUUGCAGCACUUGUUGUUAAGCUUGCAAGGGAACAAGGUUUUGCUUAUCCAAUCCAAACAUUCUCAAUUGGAUUACCAGGUUCGCCAGAUCUCAUCGCUGCAAAGAAAGUUGCUGAUAUGCUUGGCACAGAGCAUCAUGAGGUAACCUUUUCAGCAGAAGAAGCAUUUGCGUUGUUGCAUGACGUCACAUACGCAUUAGAAAGUUACGACAUCACGACAAAUCGUGCGUCAAUACCGAUGUAUAUGCUUAGUAAGUAUAUUCGACAAAACACCGAUACAGUCGUGUUGUUUUCUGGCGAGGGCGCAGACGAAUUGGCGCAAGGGUAUAUCUACUUUCAUAAAGCGCCCACAGCAAACGAUGCACACGAAGAGUCAAAACGAUUGUUACGAGACUUGUAUUUAUACGACAAUCUACGAGCAGAUAGAGCUGUGUCCGCUCACGGGCUAGAAUUAAGAGUUCCUUUCUUGGAUAAAAAGUUUUGUUCUUAUUACCUAUCAAUUCCAAAGGAAAUGGUGCAACCACAAGAUGGUGUGGAGAAGCACCUUUUACGCUCCUCCUUCGACGGUUAUUUAACAGAUUUUUUACCUAGUGAAGUAUUGUGGCGUGCAAAAGAAGCCUUCAGUGAUGGUGUAUCAUCUGCAAAAGACAGCUGGUCAGUUCAAUUGGGACGCUAUGCAAAAUCAAAAAUAACUGAAGAAGAAUUGACCAAAGCUAAAGAAUUUUAUCCCGUGAAUACGCCACAAACUUACGAAGCUCUCUUUUUUAGAAAGUCAUUUGAAACGAAAUUCCAAGGUCAAACUCAUUUAACUCCAUAUUUUUGGAUGCCGAAAUGGAUGGGAAACAUAAGCGACCCAUCUGCAAGAGUGUUGAAACACUACAAACAAUAAGAAGCAAAAGAAACUUCGUAUUUUUAAUGCACAAUGAUUGAGUAUGAUGUGGUGACUUUCGAAAUCACACUCUUUUAUUGCAAGCAUAGGAUAUUAUGAGCCGAGGCUUAAUUUGCAGAGUUUCUUUUCUCUACAAUACUUUUUUUUAAAAAUCAAUUUUAAAAAUUUAUUUGGUAAGAAAAUAAGAUUUUUAUGACAGAGUUUUAAAUUUUUGUAUUUGACUUUCUUUUUACUUAAGUUUAUUCUAAAUCUACCACUUUACCUUAAUUGAAAAAUAUGUUUUCUUCUUGAA